AUGAGCGUCGACGUUGCUUUUAAAGAGCUCGUGAAUCUCCAGAUGGCAAUGUCCUCUGACCUUGACAAAAGAUGGGACGGCGCCGGCUCUCCUUGGCUCAAUAUUAAUAAGAAGUAUGGUUAUAUGAUGUUUGCGCUUUCUUGUGUGAACAUCGUCACCAUAUGGGUCAACAGCAGCUUGAAAGUGAGGUUACCACCUACUCCAUCCAGAAAUGAUGGAAAAGUUACGAAGCUUUUACGGAAGUGGGUGUACUUCCCUCUUCUGCUCCAGAUUCUCAUAUGGGCUGUGUUCAUGAUAUUGCUCUUGUUCAUUCCGUGGUAUCAGGGUGUUAGCACUACUCCCUCCUAUAUUCAUUUCAAGAUUGGGCUUGGAAUGCUCAAACGUUCAGGCAGAAUUGGUCUUGCCUUGUACCCGUUGAUUAUCUUCUUGUCCCUCAAACCGAACCCUUUGCCCAAUGUGUUGUAUAUGCACUUGAUUCCUUUCCACAAGUGGAUCUCAUGGGUCGCUUUAUCAUCUAUCUUCAUCCACUGCAUUGGAUUCUAUGGUUUUUGGAUUCACAAGAACGAACUACACAGAUCCUUCGAAAAGAUGAUGUUUCCUGGUGUUGUCAACUUCGUGCUCCUUGUUCUCGUUUUCAUAUUCAGCAUCAAAGGCAUCAGAGAACGUUGCUACAGAGUCUUUUACUGCUUACACAUCAUCACCGCUUGGGCUUCUCUUCCCUUAAUGUACCUUCACAGUAUGCCAGAGGCAAACUUAUACAUAUUCGGCAGCUUGUACCUAUUGGUAUACCACACUGCAGCGAAGAUCUAUUUAAGCUUCAAUAUUAGAGACGAAAUUGAUGAUACCAACAGCUACUACUGCACUACGGUCCCCGGGAGCAAUUUGAUUUUGGUGAAAAUUCCAAUUGAAAAGGUCAUUAAGGCAUCUACCAAGUUCAGAAGGGAGCAAGACAAUUCUAUGCUUACAUACUUCUCACCAGGUUCCCAUAUUCGGAUAUCUCCGUCGUUUUUAAACCCAAAAGCUUGGUUGUUUGCCACACAUCCCUAUACCAUUGCAUCUUUAGACACCGACGAGUACGUCGAUUUGAUCAUCAAGAAGUCAAAUAAAUUUGCACGCCACUUGGCUUCUCAAAAGUACUUCUGCUACACCUUGUCACAACCGUUCUCAGCCCUUGAUGAAUUCUUCUUCACGCGUAACUCAAAUGACAAUAUAACCAUCGUGAGCGGUGGCUCAGGGUUAGCUUUUGGCUUACCAAUAUUCAAAUACUUCCACUUGAGAAAUAAAAAAGCUGAAUUUGACGAGCACCCUCGAACCCAUCAAUUGAGAUUCUGCGUGGUCGUUAGAACAAUUGAGGAUAUCUUCGUAUUGAAGGGAGCAGGCAUUCUCGAACAUCAGGAAAAUCCUGACUCCAGUGUAUUGGAGCUCACUUCGGAAUUCAGAGAAGCUAAAAUCGAUAUCUUUGUAACAGGUACCAGUGAUGUCGAGCCAAUGUCUAAGUUUUCAAGAUUCAAAGAUGUGUUCAAGAGUGUUGGCAACGCCGUAAUGAACUUCCGCAAAGGGGUGCUGGAAACCCAAUACUACCAGAUGGAAGACCUUGAACAGUCUAUGCUCGAGUCGAGCAGCACUGGGCUGCUGUCAAAAGCAAUCGGCUCUGUCGACGUCGAAGUGGAUGCAAUAAUCCAAGCCAAGGAAGGCAGGCCACACUUGGCCACAGUCUUAGACAGUUAUCACCAUCAUUUGGAAGAACGGUCAAGCGUUGUGGUUGCAUGUGGACCAACUUCAUUGUUGGAAGAUUGCAAGGAGUGGACAAAAAAGAACAAUGUGGAGUUUGUGGCUGAAAGCUUCUCCUUAUAG